AUCUUUGAUCCAUGGGUCAAUUAUGCUCGACACCGAAGAAACAUUCCAAAAAUGAUGGUGGAAGAGCAGCUUCACCGGUUCCUCGACGGAUAGAAAAGCCACAAUUGCAAUCGAACAGAAACACACCAAAGCUUCAAACACCAGCGAAAGCAGCUACCCGACCAAGUGGAGGGAGAAAGCUGGGAGCAUUAUCUCCAUCAACAUCGCCUUCAUCGCAAGCAUUGUCGCCUCAAGAAGCAGCCUGGCUUUCAGCGGAGAAACGUCAAGAAACACAAAAGAAAUCGCAAAAGGCUCUUGGAAAACAAUUAGAUAAAGAGAGAUCCAAGAGUACACGAGCACAUCUCGCUGACAUGGCCCGCGAACGUGAACAAGAACAAGCUCGUAUGGUGUGGGAUUAGUGCGUUUAUUGAAUUCUGUCGUUUCGAAUGCAUUAGAAGCCGUCUGUUGCUGAAUGCAGCUUCUUGAGGAUGUCAGUGAUUCAGUUCCUUAUACAGUGAUAAUUGGAGUGCCUGUGUUACAACCGCACUAAAUCAACUGCGAAGGGCACUGACAACGUCCCUCCAGUGCACCUCAAUAACUUCAACGGGGGAUAUGGACGACAGCGAUGGAUCGUUAGGAGGGACGUAUGUUUGGUCAUUCGCAUCCGCCCGCAACAGCUGUAAUGGCGAAUACCGCCGAGACAUGGCCGACCAAGAGUACCGCGCGAAAAAGAGGUUGCCAUUGUUAAACACGCUUGGUGCUUCUUGCCGUUGGUCACGAGAAGGAGGACCUUGUUGGUCCUCCUGGUCCGUCGUUAGGUCGUCCGUCCUCUCCUUUGCUCGAUUGUUCACAGCAGCCAGCAGAACAAGAAUGAGGAACUGUAGCAGCCAAAGUACCACAUUUAACUUCAGCAUAUCCAUAAUUGAAGAUGCCGCUUGCUCGCCAACAAAAUUGACGAUCAUUCCUCCAUACAGAUAACCAUCAGAGCGUUCAAACGGUAUGGGUGGACCGUAGAUCCAUAUACUGAGCAAAGUAAUGGCAAUAAUUGUGUAGAAUGUGAACACGGGCAAAAGAUAGAUAAUUGCGCUUUGUGCGGAAUUUUUUAAAUAGUUGCAGGCUUUUAAGAGUAGCUGAAUUAGACAGGUGUUAGUGAUUAAGUACAGGAAGCGCGUAUUCUGGAAGAUGGACAACUGACACAUACCCAUUGAUAGAAGCAUUUGAGCACAAAGCUAAAAAAGAGAAGACUAGGAAGUUAGCAAGAAAAUGAAUGACGAGAAUACUAAGGAAACACAAUUGAUGAAGAUGCUUUUGUUGUUGCAUCAGAUAUCAAUUCGC